GUGUUUCGUGUAUGUCUUUUUUAUCGGUGUAGUUCUAAUAACUUUAAAAAAAAAAGAAACACUAUAAAUAAUUUGUUUAUUAAAGUAUUUGGAAUUCUAAUAGUCAAGAAUGUUGCUACCAAUAUUCACUUUAAAGUUAAAUAUGAAAAUCAAUCCUCGAAUGGUUAGUUUGGGGUAUUUUGAUGGAAAACAUCCAAGUUUAGCUUGUGCAACAACAGGCGGAAAGGUUUUCAUUCAUAGCCCACACGCACCGCAAGAAAUAUAUGGUGGUCGCUUAGAAGGCAAAGGAAAUAGCUCGAUAUCACUCUUAAAUAUAAAUCAAUCCAUUAGCGCUGUAAUUAGCGGUUCAUUUAACGAAGAAGAUCGGUCCAGUGGUGACACACUCUUCAUUGGAACUCCUACUAAUUUUUUAGCUUACAAUGUUCAUUCGAAUACUGACCUUUUUUACAAGGAAACCGCUGACGGUAGUAAUGCUUUAGUAAUUGGAAAAUUAGGUGGUUUGGAAAAAACUAUGGUUAUUGCUGGAGGAAAUUGUUCACUUCAGGGUUUUGACAAAGAUGGAGAAGAAGGUUUUUGGACAGUUACUGGUGAUAAUGUUAGAUCUUUAGAAUUAGUUGAUUUCAACAACGAUAAUCAGAAUGAGUUAAUUGUUGGGUCAGAAGAUUUUGAUAUUCGUGUGUUUCAAGAAGACGCAAUCUUAGCUGAGUUAUCCGAGACAGACGUUAUUUUAGAUCUCUGUCGUAUGUCAGACAACAAGUUUGGAUACUCUCUAAAUAACGGAACUGUUGGUGUUUAUGACAAAAACACCCGACUUUGGAGAAUAAAAGUAAGUAAGGUUUUGUAUAUAAUCACAUUACCUUUAACAUUUAACUAUUUCUUUCAAAAGUCAAAAAAUCAUCCAACUUCUUUGCAUUCUUUCGAUUUGAACGGCGACGGUGUAGAUGAAUUAAUUACAGGAUGGAGUAAUGGCAAAUUUGACGUUAGAACUGAUAAAGCUGGAGAAGUUAUAUAUAAAGAUAACAUGAAAACUGCAGUAGCUGGAAUAGUUCACGGGAAUUAUAAAAUGGAUGGCAAUGAAUGUCUAAUAAUAGCUAGCACAGAAGGUGAAUUAAAGGGAUUCAACCAAAUUUCUCCAGAAAAUGCAAGUAGAGGUAUUGCGGUAGAUGGAAUAACAAGCGCUACACCAGGAGGUGGUGGUGGAUUUGGCGGGUCUAAAUCAUUACAAGACACGAAUACUGAACAAGAAGCGCUAAGAGAACUAACUCAAAGGAAGCAGAAUCUACUACUUGAAUUGCGUAACUACGAAGAAAAUCUAAAAGCAAGUAAAAUGAUAAGACCAUCAGGAUUGGGCGAGUUGGAUCAGAAGGAGAUGGGAAUUAUACCCGCAGAUACAACUAUUCAAACGUCUUUGACCAUAUCCGCCGGAACAACCCACGUAGGACCUCAUGUAAAUCUGAUAAUAUCAACUUCAAACGAAACGAUUGUUAGAUCGGCAAUAAUAUUUGCAGAGGGUAUCUUUGAGAAUGAAUGUCACGUUUCACAUCCUCCUAAGCAAAAAAUUGGUCAGGAAAUGUCCAUAUCAUUAUUUCCUAAUAAAGAUUUUCCUAUUGAUUUACAUUUAAAAGUUUUCGUUGGUUAUAAAUCAAGCACUCAAUUUCACGUAUUUGAAUUAUCAAGACAACUACCUAAGUUUUCUAUGUAUGCUCUAAUUACAAAAACAGACCUUCCAGAACCAGCUGGACAUGUUACUUUUAAAAUCCAUGAGAGAAUCAAUAGAAUUGUUUUAUGGAUUAAUCAAAAUUUCUUAUUAAGCGAGGAUUUUAAGUGUGAUGGACCUGAUUUAAAUAUUAACUUCCAAGCCCUUAGAACCUUAGGAGCCGUAUCAUUUACUAUGACAGGUCGUGGAGAGGUUACUAUUAGAACAAAUGAUAUGGAUGUCGCAGCCGAUUUGAUUCAAACCCUUUGUACUUUCCUUAAUAUAGAAGAUUUACAAGUCACUGCAGAUUUUCCCGAAGAGAUGGAAAAAUUAGGCAACAUUCUAUCUAAAGUUGAUGAAUUUCACGCUGCUGGUCAAAAGCUUACAGCAGAAAUGGCCGAUCAUUCCAAUAUAAUAAAAAAUUUAAUAGUUAGAGCGGAAGAUGCUAGAUUGUUAGGUGACAUCAAAAGUAUGAGAAAAAAUUAUAUGGAUCUGUUCAAUUUCAAUAAAGAUCUCAUCAAUGGUUACAAAGUACGAUCUACGAAUCAUACAGAGUUACUCAACUGCUUGAAACAACUGAAUCAAAUAAUUCAGAAGGCUGGAAAAUUAAGAGGUUAA